GACUCGGCGCAUCGCCGACGAGCGCGUGCGUCCAGUGCUUAAGUCAAACAUCGACGCAUAACAACACCAAGUGCGACCAAGAGACGCAGAAAAACACGACACGAACGCAACUAUAACUGAACUUGCUGAUACCCGAGAAGAAGUCUCGCAAAGUGCGUUCGCUUACGCGGCACGACGUUGCUCGCGGUCAGUGAUUGUGCGCGGUGAUUGCCGACAAGAUGCCGCCGCCAUCAACGGUUACCAACAUACUCUUUAUCUGUUUCAUAGGUUUGAGCAGUAUUGAAGUAAAUGGCGCGCCGUAUUUGGGAAAAUUUUUGGGCAAACUGACCGAAUUGCAUCAUGGAGUUUCCGGUGAGGUGUACGCCGUGGACGCGCGCACCCUUCACAUCAAGGACUUUACCUACGACGGACAAGGACCAGCGGCGUACUUCUUCGCCGGAAGUUCGCGCGCGCCCGGAAACACUGGAUUCCGCAUUCGCGACGAGAACGGCAGUCCGGACGUGCUCCGACGCUACCGAAAAGAAGGUGUCACUAUCACACUACCCGAGGGCAAGAGUCUCAACAACAUAAAGUGGUUCUCUGUAUGGUGUGAAGAGUAUGAGGUUAACUUCGGCGAUGUGAAAAUUCCAAAAAACUUCGAUUACCCGCGCCCGCAAAAAAUUGACGGGUUGCGGGGUGUACACAAUGUCAAUUCCGAUAACAUCGUCAUCGUUGAUGCGCAAACCCUGCUGGUACCGAGUCUUUCCUACGAUGGUGAAGCACCAGAUGCAAAAUUCUGGGUCGGCAGAGGACCGAAACCGUCCCCGCAAGGGGUGCGCGUGCCUGAUGAAAACGGCAAAGAGAUCCCCUUGCGGCGUUACGAUCGUAAGACGGUCGUGUUGACGUUGCCCGGCGACCUCACCGUGUUCGACAUCGGACACUUUGGCAUCUGGUGCGAGGCGUUCACCGUCGACUUUGGCCACGUGCAAAUUCCGCAGGACCUCAACGUGCCGCCGUCGCUGAAAAUGCUUGGCGUCAGUCCGCAGUCGAAGCUCAACUGUGAGGUGCUACACGACGACUUGGCAUUUGAAGUGCGUUGGGCGGUCGCAGGCGACAGCAUUGUGUUGCAACUGGUUGCAAAAUUAGAAAAUCGCGAAUACAUGUCCUUCGGUAUUUCUGGGGACGAGGGCAGAAGCCAGAUGGUCGGCGGCGACGUUGUGGUUGCGUGGGUCGACAAGGAAACGCUGAAAGGCUACGCUGAGGAUUACUACUUAGAGGCAAAGUCGCAGUGCUCGGGUCCACGGGGAUCUUGUCCCGAUGCCAAAUUAGCGGACAAUUCCAAUAACAUUCGUUUGCUUAACGCUGCAAUGGUUAACGGUUAUUCAAUUGUAACCUAUCAACGACCUUUACGACCAGCGGAUACCUACGAUAAAGCAAUCUUUACCAAUCACUCGCAACCUGUAAUUUGGGCCAUUGGACCACUAAAUCAACGCGAUGAAGUGUCAUUCCAUAGCCAAUACAACAAAAAGGAUAAGAUUAUUGAUUUCGGAAGAGCUGCCAAGUGGAAUUGUCCCAUGCCUGAAGGGGAUCAACCUUCCAUGAAACCAGUCACGGCUAGACCGGUACAAGCCGCGUAUGUUGCUGAUGAAGAAGAGAGAAUACCUGCAACACCACCACCAACACCAGCUCCUACUAGGACACGAGGUCGUACUCCUGAACGUAGAGGUGGUUCAAACAGAGGUUCCCCUGCUCAGCAAAUAGACAACGAAAGAAGUCAAUCAUCCCAAACGACAACAAGACAAAGAGGUACUCCUAAUAGAGGUGCAAGCCGUGCUUCUACAAGACCACCAGCUACACCUGCGCCAGUAUCAAAUCGUAACGCAUGGGUAAUUCCACCAAUUCAAUGUGAUGAACCUGAUGAUGGUGUUUUCUACGCCCAGAUGGGUCCUACCGGCGGCAAACAUGGAUACCCAGCAAUUACUGGUCAUGUUGGCUGGGGUAUCUGUUGGUAUAUCAACGGACUCCUCAUUCCGGAAAUCAAUGUGGUUCGUGGUAAAACCUAUACCUUUGUGGUAGAAGGUGGACAUAACCCGGAAACACCCGCUAAUUAUCAUCCGUUCUAUAUCACUGAUGAUCCAAUUGGAGGAUAUGAAUAUAAAACUAUUGAAGAACGACAGAAUGUCACCAUUUUUGCAGGCGCAGGUCAAGCUAAAGACGGAACUGUGCAACCUACUGGAAUAGGGCGCCUCUGUCAUUGGACCCAUCAAGGUGAAUCCGAAGCAGAUGAUUUUGAUUCAUUCGGAGCAUACCAACGUACUCUAGAAUUGAGAUGUGAUAAAGGUGAACCUGGAGUUAUUCAAUGGACACCUGAUAAGGACACCCCUGACACAGUCUACUAUCAAUGUUUCACACAUAGAUAUCUUGGAUGGAAGAUUAAUGUUUUGGACUCUUGUGAAAUCUCGAAAGCCGCUAGUGAAAUUCAUGAAACAGUAGUUGCUCCCGAUUCUGAGGUUGAUGCUGAAGGACCAAAAGAUGACUUAGCCGAUAGUCCUUCAAUUCGAGUAGAGACCAGAGUAAAACCCAACAAUUUGGAAGAUGUUUUAAACAAAAACGAGCAGAUUAUUUAUGAGAAAGACACCGUAGAAAUAGUGAAACCUGUUGUGGAAGAGGAAGUAAUCAGUGAGACUACUCCAAGAAUUGAUAAAACUAUUCAAGAACUCCCAGAUGUAGAAAAAAAGUUUACUUUUCGUUCAGAUAGCAGAAAGAACCUUACUUUAAUACCUGGAUCUCUUGGUCCUCAUGGACCUCCAAGAAUACCUUUUGGUCUGGGUCCACAGAUUAUGCCAAUGGGAAAAGUUGUUCUACGUCGACCAUCUGUACAUCACCAAACUGUAAUGGCGUCAAUGCCUCGUCCCACAUACGUAAAACAUCGCAGACCUACCAUGUUCGUGAAGAAACCCAUCUACAGACCUUAUAUGAAAGCUCCAAUCAGUCGGCCUUGGAUGGGACCUCCAAUGAAGUAUGAAAAACCUUUGAUAUUCUCAAUGCCACCACCCGGGGCAAUGAUUAGUCGUCAGCCAGUACAUCCUCCAAUUCCCAUGCAUCCACCUCACAAUGUAAUCAUCAUGAAACCCCAAAAUAAACCAAUAGUAACAUCACGCAUGCCAGAACCACAAAAACUGAACGCCGAACCGAAUGUGGAAGUAUCCAAACCUCAACCUUCAACAGAACGAUCCGAGACAAUUUCGUUCAAUGAGAAACCUAUCAAUGUGCAAGCACAACAAUCAGCACCUUCAGAAAAACACUAUAAAACCAUACUUAUUCCAAUGAAACAAGCAAUUAACACUGGUUUUGACCCAUCUUCUGUGGUAAUCGAAAGUGGAUUCAAACCCAUUAUCUCCAAAGACAUUGAAUCCCGCGUGGGUCAAGUUGACGGACCAGAAAUUGAGAUUGAAAGUGAAGCGGGUGUUAUUGAUGAAACCCAAGCAAGCGUAAACUCCGAAACAAAUAAAGAACCCACUGCCCAGGCUACGGAAUACUUCGAACCAAUGUUCAUACCUUCACCAACUAUCGACAUGAAGAAGGCUUUGAAGAAAAAAAUCUACGCUUAUAAUAAAAUGAUGAACGCUGCCAGGAGGUCAACUCACUACGGUCGCGAGUAUGAAUUUGACUUGGAAGAACCUGCAGGAGCUGCUAAUGAACGAGUAGAUGCCUACUACCUUCCUCCUGAUACACGACGCUCCAAACCAAUCGAACGUCCACGUCACCGAAGCAAUAUUGACAUGGCCCCUGGAACAGUUAUCACCUUUGAUGGCAGAAAAGUAUCAGGUGCAAGUCUCACCGCUCGUGGUGGACCAGUUGUAUCCCUCACAAGCAGAUCCAGUAAGGGUGCUGAACUUUUAAGACAUCCACAAUCAGCCCCUUUUAAGGGGGAUCUGCCUCCGCUUAACCUCAAAGUUGAUCUGAACGCCCCACAACUGCAAAGCAGAUCGUUGAAUAGGGAACUUGACCUCCCUGCUGGGUCAAUCAAGCAGACCAUCACCCUGAGGGAAUUACACCCUUCACAGGAAGAUGAACUUGUGCCGCUAGGGGUUAGCGGAGAAGAGAGGAGCAAAGCAAGAAAGAAGAGAGCCGCGCAUCAUACGGAAGAACACACCGCCCAACAAGAACAAGAGAGGAAAGAUAAAGAGAAAAAAGAGAAGAGUGCAGCCAGCAGUGUACAAAUAACAAUGAGCGCAAUUCUAGUAUGUCUAGUAUUUCAACAUUUUGUUUAGAUGUGAAGAAUGAGUAUGAUAAGUAAAAUAUGACUAAAGUUAAGUAUUUAAAAGCUUCUAAGCUGAUAAAUUUUUUCGAAAAUUGACAGAUUUUUAUACAUGUUGUUUAUUUUUACGUGUUUUUUGUGUGUAUAUAAAGCGGAACCUCGAAAUAAAAUAUUGUUAAACUAA